UCUUCUCUCCUCCCGCUGCAGUCCCUUUCUUAUCCCAUCUCCGAUUCGGAUUCGCACUUUGCAGACGCUCCCUCGCGCGGACUGUUUCCCCCCUCCCCCACGCGCAAAGCUCCUGUUUCACUCAAAGAUGGCGUCAGCUCUGGAGCCACUGCUCUCUGGCUGUAUUUUUGGGCUUGUUGUUGUCUGUGUUUCGAACGCGUUCUGGCACCUUCUCCUCGUCCACUCGACCCAAAAUCCCGGUUGCAGGAGCUUCUGAAGAAUACUACUCUGUUGGAUGAUGGUCAGCCUGCGUUGCUUUUUGGAGUGAGGGAUCUGUUCUGGACGGCUUGUUCCAACAGGUUCGAGCCAGACAGUAUUUUCACACUUGCAUUUCCUUAAAAGAAAGUCUACAAAAGUGCUGCUACAAUUCUUUACAAAGAUGCUCCAUCUAAACGGAUAACACUAAUCGUCAGAAUCGAGGAUUCUACUUGACUGCUUUUGAGACGGACGGAUAAGAGGACACCCAAGGCUCUUGCAACUCUACUUUCUCUUGGAGUAGUUGCUGUCUGUUGCAUACCUCACCUCUUUGCUUUGGUGUGGCAGCCCUUCAGAAGGAAGGGUCACUGGGUUUGAGGGAUCUGUUCUAGGUUGGGGGGGGGGGAUUUAGGGAGCCUAUGCUAUGGUGAUCGGCUCCCUCUCUAACAGCUCCUGCUCAGGCACAGAGAGACUUACUACACCUCCCCGGGACAAAGGAUAGCCUCCUGGACGAAGAGAGAGGAGGAGGAGGACAACGACGAGGCAGCGCCAGGGCUGAGGCCACUGGGUGCUUCCUAACGGUUGUGAGAGUGUGUUGGGCCUUGGCCCAGCAGUAUUACAGCAGCCAUGGUGAAGCUGGCCAACCCCUUGUACACCACCUGGAUCUUGGAAGCCAUCAAGAAGGUAAAAAAGCAAAAGCAGCGGCCGUCCGAAGAGCGCAUCUGCAAUGCUGUGUCAAUGUCCCAUGGGCUUGACCGCAAGACGGUCCUGGAGCACCUUGAGCUCAGCGUUAAAGAUGGCUCCGUACUCAAGGUGUCCAAUAAGGGGCUCAACUCCUACAAGGACCCCGAUAACCCUGGACGCUUGGGGUUCACAAAACCUCGGGCGGGAGGCAGUUCCAGCUCAUCCAGCUCUAGUAAAAAACCCGGUCUGGACUGGAACAAACUCAUCAAGCGCUCUCUAGAGGGGCUUCACGAACCCGGCGGAUCGUCCCUGAAGAGCAUCGAACGCUUUCUGAAGUGCCAGGCUGAUGUUGCAGGUUAUCUGUCUGGCAGCGGCUCUAUGGGGCCGGGCCUUUUCCACCAGCAGCUCCGACUGUCUCUGAAGCGGGCCGUUUCUCAUGGACGGGUGAUAAAACAAGGGCCGCUCUUCCAGUUGGUAAGCAGGAGUUCUCAUAACGACGGGACGGGCUGCGUGUCUCUGGAUUCUCUGCCUCCGGUUCGUCUGCUGCCUCAUGAACAAGAUCGGCCUGUGGCAGAGCCCAUACCCAUCUGUAGUUUCUGUUUGGGGACCAAGGAACAGAACCGCGACAAGAAACCCGAAGAGCUCAUCUCCUGCGCAGACUGCGGGAACAGCGGGCACCCAUCCUGUCUGAAGUUCUCUCCAGAGCUCACAGCACGGGUCAAAGCUCUGUGGUGGCAGUGUAUCGAGUGCAAAACCUGCAGCAGCUGCCAGGACCAAGGAAAAAAUGCAGACAACAUGUUGUUCUGCGACUCCUGUGACCGAGGUUUCCACAUGGAGUGUUGUGACCCCCCACUGAUGCGAAUGCCAAAAGGCAUGUGGAUCUGUCAGAUCUGUCGGCCAAGAAAAAAGGGAAGAAAACUCUUACAUGAAAAAGCAGCACAAAUCAAGCGGCGAUAUAAUGCACCACUUGGGCGGCCGAAGGGCAGACCGGGCCGUCCCUUUAAGAAGCUUCGAGGUGGUGGGCGUGGCAGAAGAAGGCGGGGUGCUGGAGGCGUUGACCAAUGCUCACAAGGCUCCUCCUCCCCACACUCCUCCUCCAGUUCCUCAUGCGAAGGCUAUCCCGGCGACGAUCGCAUGCUGUUCUCUCUCAGAGAAGACGAUUCUGCGCAUGGUGGCCUGCGUUUUAACAAGAAAACAAAGGGUCUGAUCGACGCCCUCAGCAAGUUCUUCACGCCAUCCCCAGACGGACGGAAAGCCCGCGCUGAAGUGGUGGACUAUUCCCAGCAAUAUCGUAUACGCAAGAAGAGCAACCGCAAGGGCGAGCAUGAUGACCGGACAGGAGACAAUCAGGAGUGUGGAGACAGCUGGCGGGAGGACGAAGACAAACUGCCAGGACACGAAAACCUAACUGAGAAAGACGUGGAGCUCUUUAGGCACAUUCAGGAGCUGGCACUACAGAAAGUCGGGGUGACUGGUCCACCGGAUCCCCAAAUGCGCUGCCCAUCUGUUAUAGAGUUUGGGAAGUAUGAAAUUCAGACGUGGUACUCUUCUCCAUACCCACAGGAGUACAGCAGGCUCCCUAAGCUCUACCUCUGUGAGUUCUGUCUGCGCUACAUGAAGAGCCGCAGCAUUCUCUACCAGCACAUGCGAAAGUGCAACUGGUUCCACCCGCCUGCCAACGAGAUCUACAGGAAGGACGACGUGUCUGUGUUCGAGGUGGAUGGAAAUGUCAGCACAAUAUACUGUCAGAAUCUGUGCCUGCUGGCCAAGCUCUUCCUGGACCAUAAGACGCUGUAUUACGACGUGGAGCCCUUCCUCUUCUAUGUGCUCACACAGAAUGACAGUAAGGGCUGCCAUCUCGUAGGAUACUUUUCAAAGGAGAAGCAUUGUCAACAAAAGUAUAACGUAUCCUGCAUUAUGAUUCUUCCACAAUACCAGCGCAAGGGCUAUGGGCGAUUCCUCAUUGACUUCAGUUACCUGCUGUCCAAGAGGGAAGGCCAGCCGGGCUCACCAGAGAAGCCAUUGUCAGACCUUGGCCGGCUAUCCUACAUGGCAUAUUGGCGUAGUGUGGUGCUGGAGUGCCUACAUGAGAUCAGAGAUCGACAGCUCACCAUCCGCAAACUCAGCAAAGUCACUGGCAUUUGUCCUCAAGAUAUCACGGCCACUCUUCUCAAUCUGAAUAUGCUGGAACAGAGAGGAGACCGGGUGAUUAUCCUGCGACGAGAGAAACUGGUGGCCUCUCACAUGACCCGACUUAAAGCCAAACCUCGGCUCCUUGAAGUUGAUCCAGACUGCUUACGCUGGACACCUGUUAUCGUCACCAACACGGUAGUAUCUGAAGGAGAAGGGGAUGAAGAUGAGGAAGAGGAAGAAGGAGAGGAGGGACCUAAAGAUAUCAAACCCAGCCACAAGAGCUCCCCGCUCUCUUGGCAUAUGAAAGGGGAACGGGAAAAGGAGGAAGAGAAAAAGAGCUUCCCAGCGUUCCCAAAAAACCAAAGCUCUCCUCCAUCCUCUUCUGUUUGCAACAGUGUUCUUAGUCCUGAACGUUCUCCCCUUUUUCUUACGGCUAAUGGGGAGCGCAGGGGACCUGGCCGCCCUCCCAAAAACUGGUUAUGGGGCAAGGUGAAGGAUGUACCACGUACAGGACCAGGUCGACCCCGUAAAGUAAGGCCCCCAGAGGAGGAGGAGGAGGAAGAUGAUGAAGAGGAGGAUGAUGAGGAUGAGGAUGAGGAAGAGGAUGAAAGAACUGGCAUUAAUAAAGUGACAACAUCAUCGAUGCUCUUGGCCUUAGAAAAUGAGCCUGACUCCACAUCAGCCUGUCCCUUGGAGGCUUCUAGGCACCCCGCAGUUCCACAGUCACGCAGCAGAGGGCGGCCACCACGGAAAAAGCGUGGCCCAAAACGCAGGCUUUGUGAGGAGCCUGAGGAUGACCUGCCAUCGUUGCCCCACACCACAAGGCUGAGCGAACCUGUGCCAGCCUUCAUUAGUGAGAGCAGUGAAGAUGAGGAUGAAGAUGAUGAUGAUGAUGUUGAUGAUGAGGAUGAUGAUGAGGAUGAUGAUGAGGAAGAGUUAAGGAGUCGCUCACCACCUGUCCUCACCAAGCCCACAUUAGGGCUUAAAUGCAAGUCUCAGAAGUUGCGCAAGAGGCGUGUACGUCAGCGCAGCCAUCCCCACAGCAGCGUCGUUACAGAGACCAUCUCGGAGACAACUGAAGUUCUGGAUGAGCCAUUUGUUGAUUCAGAUUCUGAAAGACCCAUGCCCAGACUAGAAGAAGAAACUCCAUUUAGCAACCCUCUCCGGCGCUACGCAGCGGCCCGCAAACACAUGGGACCUGCCCCAAAGAGCAUCAACAGAGGCAAUCUGACUGAAUCGGAGGAAGAUGAUCCCACUCCUGUGCUGAAGCCGGUUGCUGUCCUGAGAAAACCUGAACCUUCAGAUGCCACACAGAGAACGGGGGCAACAGCUGAGAUGCCUGAGGUUCCAGUAAAAAGAAAGAAAGGCUGGCCUAAGGGCAAGAGUCGCAAGCCACUCCACUGGAAGAAGCGUCCAGGCAGAAAACCUGGUAGUGGAGCCGGUCAGACAGCUGACACCAGUCUAGCAGACCAGUCCUCGGAGGACCCACCACCUCCAAAGAUCAAAAUGAAGCCUGGCCGAAAGCCUCGCAGCUAUUACCUGCAGCGUGCACAAGAGGAGGCAGCCAGACAGGAGUUUGAGCAAAGCCGAUUAGCUCAGGAGCAGCUAGACAAUUCAACACUGGAGGACAAAACUUGUAAAAGGACAGUCAGAGCCUUAACAUCCGACCUCAGUCCUGAGAAACUGAAAGACUCAGAAGAGGAGGACGAUUUCCUUCAGGACUUCAGAGAGCCAUCCAAACCCAAAAGGCGAGGUCGGCCUCCAAAAAAUGGCAAUCUCCCUCCCCCUGUACCCAAACCUCCUCCUGUGUCUGAGCCAGAAGAGGAAGAUGAGGAGGAAGACCGACCAUGGUCAGUUGAGAAGAUCAGCCGUCCUCCUUCUCGUACCAUGUCACAGUCUUCCAGCACCAGAGCUUCUCAGCCGAGAGCUGAUGAAGAUGAAGAGCGGGAUGAUGAAGAUUGCGAUAACGGGGUUAAUCGGAGAACAGCAGCAACACCGGGCUCAGGAAGCCGGCGCAGCGAUGAUCACGAUGCCGACGACGAAGGAGAUGGUCGUCUCGAAGAGAAAAGUGACAGCAGCAGUAGCAGUAAAAGAAGAAAGGGCCAAGACUCUGAGGAUGAUGUUGAGGAGCAAGAAGACGAAGAAGAAGAGGAACCAUCAUCGCCUGCUCGCUCUCCCCCCGUAAAAGAAGAACCCCAGAGCAGUGAGGGUUUUUUAGACAUGCAGACAAACGUGGCGAAGGAUUACGUCAGCAAACAGGAAGAAGUUGAAGACGAGGAGGAGGAUGCAGAGGAAGUGCAGGAGGUGAAGACGAGCUCUGCAGAUACGGAAGAACGCCGUCGACGAGAGCAGGAGGAAUCUGCGGCGGCCGCGGCGGCUGUAGAGACUGUAACCGCAAUCGCGGUGCCUUCUGAGCCGCUGGAAAUGCAUCCUUUACACGUCGAGGAUAAGACCGUGCUCAUGAUGGAGACUGAGCAUUCACACCAGCAUCCCGACUUCAAAGAUGACUUGAGCCACCAGCAACACACACAUCACCACAGCAGCGAGCUGGAUCUGGAAACCGUGCAAGCUGUACAGUCUCUCACGCAAGGCGAGGCCCAAGAGGAGGAUGCAGAGUCCCACGGAGCUUACCAGGAUUGUGAAGAGACGCUAGCUGCAUGCCGGACUCUGCAGAGUUACAGUCACGGUGAGGGUGAGGAAGAAACGCUAGCUCUGGUGGAGGAUUGCGGAGCCUCCCAGCACAGUCCCAUGCCUAACCCACCCAUGCCUACGUUACCGAACCAGUCUGUCCGUUCAGUCAGCAGCCCUGGGAUGACUCCUGGUCCUAUGGAUCCUGGAUCAGGCGUGCCUGGUCCUACAGGAACUGGAGCGAGUGGAGCAUACACCCAAAUAACCCCAGAGCACCCCAGCUCUCUAUCCGCUCCCUCAUUGCAAAACAUGGAGACCUCUCCUAUGAUGGACGUGCCAUCGGUUUCUGAUCAUUCCCAACAAGUGGUAGACAGCGGAUUUAGUGAUUUGGGCAGCAUUGAAAGCACUACGGAAAACUACGAAAAUCCAAGCAGCUACGAUUCAACGAUGGGCGGCAACGGAGGAGGGAGCGGAAGUAACGGAGGUGGCAUGUCCGCAGCGGCGGUAGCAUCUUCCUCGUCUUCGUCCUCAAGUUCAGCCACACCUUCGUCGUCGUCAUCGUCGUCUUCGCAAGGCAGCAGCUGCUCCUUCAUCUCCACGUCCUCCAGCACAGGGGUCGGCUCUCAGAUCCCCAUGGGCAGCUGUAGCCUUAUCCAGCAAGCGGGUCCUGGACAAAACGGCGGAAACGGUGUACCACAACCACCUCCUCCUCCGCCCCCGCCUUCCUCUAGCACUCCGAGUUGCGGAAUAAAGUCUCCGCAAGGCUGCGUCAUCGAAAGACCGCCGAGUGCCAGCCAGCAGCAGCAGCAGAAAAAAGUCUCUCAGCCGACUCAACAACAACAAAACCCUCAACCGCAGCCUCCACCCUCCGCUCCUCCACCUCCUCCCCCUCAACAGCAAUCGCUCUCGCAGUGCAGUAUGGGAAACGGCUUCGCCUCCACACCCAUGAUCAUGGAGAUUCCCGAGAGCGCGGGCAGCGCCGGAGGAGGUCGGAGUUUGUAUGACCGCAUGGGACAAGACUUUGGCGCCGGCGGUUACAGUCAACACUCUGCUUCGUUCAGUUUAGCCAAACUCCAGCAGCUAACCAACACCAUCAUGGACCCCCAUGCAAUGUCUUAUUCGCAUUCGGCCGCGGUCACGUCAUAUGCGACGAGCGUUUCCUUAUCCAACCCGGGCUUGGCGCAGCUCGCUUCUUCUCCACACCCACCUUUGCCCCAAGCUCAGUCCACUAUGACUCCACCUCCAAAUUUGAGUUCUGGCUCCAUGAAUCUCGGUUCGUCUUUGAUCCAGUGCAACAUGACAGGCGCCAACAUUGGAUUGCCGCCGCCUCCGCAUACGCAGCGUUUGCAAGGCCAGAUGGCCACAGUCAAAGGCCACAUUUCAAUUCGUUCCAAAGCCUCUCAGAUUCCUACAGGCUCCCCUCACCAGCAGCAAUUGUACAGCCGCAGCUCUGGCGCUGUGACCAUGCAAGGCUCUCCACGAACUUUAGCGGUGCAACGUGGCAUGAUGACGAACCUCAUGCCUACCCCUGCCGCUUACAACUCCAUGAACAUGAAUCCGCUCAAUGCUGCCAUGUCUGCUGGCUACCGAAUGCCACAGCCCAUGAUGAACAGCGGGUACCACAGUAACCCGCCUUACAUGAACCAGCCAGCCCAGUACCCCAUGCAAAUGCAAAUGGGCAUGAUGGGAGGCCAGGCUUAUCCGCAGCAGCCUAUGCAGCCCAAUCAUCAUGGCAACAUGAUGUACACGGGCCCCUCGCACCACAGCUACGCAGGCGUCCCCAAGCAGUCGCCUUACAUGAGCAGAUGAGCGACAGAGAACAAGCAGAGAGAGACGUUCUCCGCCGGACUCUGCAUCUCUGUACUUUACCCAUUUGUAUCCACCACCCUCCAAAGUCUGGGCGAAACUGCAACAAGAUGAGCUUGGUGGAGGAAGAGGACAUAGAGACUGCGACGAUUUCUUUUCCUUUCUAAAUAUGUUGUCGUCAAGCUCUGUUCCUUUUAGGUUCAUUUCCCAAUUGCCUGAGCUGGGGAGAUGAUCUAAUGGACCUUUAUUGUGGCAAGUGUCAUGCUCCCCUGUGUGGACCAACAGGGGUUGGUUUCCACCGAAAUGUACGCCACUGAGACAGAAGAGGCGAAGCAUCAAAGCAGCUACAGGGGAAGUGGACCUAACUUUUCAAACUGAGAAACAAAUGCAUUUACGUUGUUAUCGAACAUACAUUGAAUCAUGCACACAAUCGUUCAAUUGACAUAGGAAGCCUUACCUAAAAAAAAAAAGAGACAAAAUAAUUGUAGAUGGACUAUUUUUUUUUUAUUAUAAUAUUAUUAUUAUUAUUAUUAUUAUUUACUUUAUUUUUAAUAUGUUCUCGUUUUUUUCAAUGACUGUUGAAAUGCUUGUGUUUCAAUCUGACCUGCUCAUGCUUUAUGUGUGUGGACAAAGUGAUUCACGCUCGCUCAUACGCUCACUCAUGAACACAUUCACUCACGCAGAGCUCUGUAGCCACUGGAGAGCUUACGUGGAGACGCACAAGGCGUCUGAGGUUUCUGUAAAUCGGUGUCUUCCCAGUACGGAAUCGUGUAUAUCCAAACAUAACAGUGGCGGACGUCUGAUAGUAGUGACCAUGCAUCUAUAGACUGGACUAAACAGAAGUCCUUGGAAACUAGUUAAUGUAAAUAUUCUGGUACUACCUGGUUCACAGCACAGAAAUCACAGAGAAGAGUUUCAUAAACACUCCACCGAUGUCACUAGAGUGCGCAGCAGUCAAUAGUGGGAAGGUCUUUAAUUUCAUACUACAAAGUGCAGCGUCCAUGUAACGUUAAAGGGGUUAACCACGCCUGCAGAGCAGAUAGCAUCGCGACUGUGCUCAUCCGGUGACGUUAACGAUGCCUCCUAAAGCAGGCACCUCAAAGUAAGUAGCGCUCCUCGUACUCCAGCUGAUCAUGGGGUAGUGAUGUUAGCUAUUAGCCACCAGAGGGAGUUGUACAAAUAAGUAGAUCCGUGUCUGCAAUGCACACACGGACCAAUGAACACACACACCCGGGAAAAAGGUUAAAGUGCAUGAUGUCCUGAGAUGGUUACUGUUUUAGGACAACGGGCAGAGAAUUUCUUAAUGUUCCAGUAUUCAUUGUCAAUAUGAGGAAUCUUUCUCAAAGACCUGACGUUUCAUAUAUUAUUUGUGCGCUUUUGUUUUUCUGAAUUUUAUCAGACUGGGCAGCUUUCUUUUAUGACAAGCUGACUCUUUUUGACUUUAGAAGACUUAUUGUAGAGAAAAUGUUUUUUCUAAAAUAUAAAAAAAAAAAGAAAUUCUGACAUG